AUGAAACCAUUUGACGAUAUUCAUAUGAUGAUUGUUUCUCAGUAUUUUACAGCAAUAAGCGAUUUCAUUACACUUGAAUUUGUGAAUAAAAAGUACAACGGAAACAUGGAGCGAUUUCAUUUCAAUCCAAUUCCACUCAACAUGAACAUGAUAAAAUAUUUUCAAAAUAUUAAAACACUUAAUUUAUGGUAUGAAAAGGACGAAAAUUUCGGUAACUUUAUUAUAAAUGACAAAAAAGAAAUUAAUGAAUAUAAGAAAAUCGACUUUUAUCAAAUAAAUGUUUGGUUUGAAGUUACUUAUGAUGUCACACAACUCAAUAAAAACUCAAAUUUUAUAUUUAAAAAAGUUACUUAUUCUUAUAAUGAUAGAGAAAAAUAUGGCGAUGUAAUACCAACCAGCAUUAAGAAACUUGGUUGUAGUUGUUUUGUUAAAAGCUUAAACAAUUCCAUUCAAAUUCCAAAUACAGUCACUUCAAUUGGCAAUAACUGUUUUUCCGAAUGUGGCAAUUUAACAACAAUAACACUUCCUCUUUAUUUAAAAGAAAUUGGAGAGUGUUGUUUUGAAUUUUGCAACACACUUAAAACCAUAACACUGACACAACACGUAUAUUCAUUUGGCGAAAACUGUUUUCAAUUUUGUACCCGUCUUUCUUUUAUUUGUCUUCCCAACACUCUAAAUAUAUUGCCGAAUGCUUGUUUUUAUAAUUGUCACAAUUUAGAAAGUGUAACAUUUCCAUCACAAAUUAAGUCGAUUGGUGAUAACUGCUUUGCAGGGUGUCUGUCGUUGUCUUCUGUGACAAUUCCCAAUUGCGAGGAAUAUAUCGGACACUCCGCCUUUGCGAGUUGUAAAGAAUUGAAUUAUGUUAUUAUCAAUGGAAACGUUAAAGUAAUUGGAAAUGAGUGCUUUAAAGAUUGUCAAUUACUUACAUCAAUUUCACUUCCAAGUGACGUCAAAGAAAUUGGAAGAAGUUCUUUCCAAGCAUGUCGUUCACUUAAAACUAUAAAAUUUCCACAACUGAUUAAAAGUGUUCAGAGUCAUUGCUUUGAUGGGUGUUACCGAUUAAGUUUUAUUGAAUUGCCACUUGAGUUGUCGUCUAUUGCCGAAUGUUGUUUCCGUAAUUGUUUUGAUUUGGAAUCUUUGAUAUUACCAACAAAAGUUAUGGAAAUCGGGGAAGCGGCAUUUUGUAAUUGUGGUUCUCUUCAAACUAUAAUUAUUCCAUACAAAGUGAUAGAAAUACCACUGAGGUGUUUCUACGAGUGCAAUUCAUUGGAAAUUUGUAUUCCAAAUAGUAUUACUUUAUUUGGAGAAAAAUGUUUUGAAGGAUGUAAAAGCGUAAUUCGUUAUUGA